GAGUAUUCUCUGAUUAGCCAUUCUCUUCCUUGCACAACAUAGUCUAGGACUUAUCCUUAUUUAACUUCUGUUCACCCGCCUGGAAGAUCCUAGCCAGCAACCAUGGUUGAUGACGAGCUAUCUGCCUUGGUAGUAGAUAAUGGGUCACGGAUGUGCAAGGCAGGCUUUGGGGGUGAUGAUGCUCCCCGGGCUGUGUUCCCCUCCAUGGUAGGGCGACCGCGACAUCAGGGGGUCAUGGUAGGCAUGGGCCAGAAAGACUGCUAUGUGGGAGAUGAGGCCCAGAGCAAGCGAGGCAUCUUGACCCUGAAGUAUCCCAUAGAACAUGGAGUUGUCGCCAACUGGGAUGACAUGGAGAAGAUCUGGUACCACACUUUCUACAAUGAGCUCCGGGUAGCACCCGACGAGCACCCUAUUCUUCUCACGGAGGCCCCCCUCAACCCCAAGAUCAACCGAGAAAAGAUGACGCAGAUAAUGUUUGAGGCUUUCAACACACCUGCCAUGUAUGUUGCUAUCCAAGCUGUGCUGUCCCUCUAUGCUUCGGGAAGGACUACAGGUAUCGUGAUGGAUUCUGGGGAUGGAGUCACUCACACUGUGCCCAUCUAUGAAGGUUAUGCUCUGCCCCAUGCCAUUUUACGACUGGAUCUGGCAGGCAGAGACCUGACUGAUUACCUCAUGAAGAUCCUGACAGAACGAGGCUACAACUUCACCACCACAGCUGAGCGGGAGAUUGUACGGGACGUCAAAGAGAAGCUGUGCUAUGUAGCCCUGGACUUUGAGCAGGAGAUGGUCGCCGCAGCUGCUUCCUCCUCGCUUGAAAGAAGCUAUGAGCUCCCUGAUGGGCAGGUAAUCACCAUUGGGAAUGAACGUUUUCGAUGCCCAGAAGCCAUUUUCCAGCCUUCCUUUCUAGGCAUUGAAUCCAGCGGGAUCCAUGAGACAACCUUCAACUCCAUCAUGAAGUGUGACGUGGAUAUCCGUAAGGAUUUAUAUGCCAACACUGUGCUGUCUGGAGGCAGCACUAUGUACCCAGGCAUUGCCGACAGGAUGCAGGAGGAAAUUCUAACCUUGGCACCAAGCACCAUGAAAGUCAAGAUCAUAGCUCCCCCAGAGCGCAAGUACUCCGUUUGGAUUGGGGGCUCCAUACUUGCCAGCCUAUCCACAUUCCAGCAGAUGUGGAUCAGUAAGCAGGAAUAUGAUGAAGCUGGUCCUCCUAUUGUUCAUAGAAAAUGCUUCUGAAUGGAAAGCACUCAAGAAAAGAAAUCAGGAAAAUGAAAUGUCCCUUUUCCUAGGUCAUAAGGAGGGUACCCAUCUCACCCAGUAAAACUAAGGUAAAUUGUUUUCUUCCUAUUGAGUGUACAAGACAGCAAAUCCACAUCUCCAUCCAAGUGUCCUGGGCUAUGACAUCGCUAACCACACUGUGAUUUUUAUCAGCUGAGGGAAUUCUGAUAUCAUAUUUUAUUUUCUAUGCCUGUAGGGCUGAAAGAAAUGUAGGCUUGCUUACAUAAAAAUAUGAGAGAAGGGGUAAGAUCAUGAGAAAUAUAAUUUCAGGCUGAAUAACUUCAAUUGCCAAACUUUAAAUCUAGUUCUUGCUAGGAGUCAACACUCUAUACAAUACAAGCCUGCAGUACAGAAGUUUAGCAACCAUGUCUUACUAAUUCUUCUUACUUGUUUACUUCUUUCUAGGGAUAUAAUGAAUUACAAAGGUCAGUUAUUAUCUAUAUCCACAUAUGAAUCAGGGAAGUAAAAUAUUGUAUAUUAAAAUAUAAUUAAGAACUUGAUGACAGAGCAACUUAUGUGAAUUUGAUUGCCCUAUUAAAUAAGCAUCACUAAAUAGUCACCAUUCCAUUAGUGUAUAUAAAUCAACUAAAUUUUCAGCUCAAGGUGGAGUUCUGUUGGUCAAGUACUUCUUAAUGCCUUAGUUACAGCUUCAUUCUCAUGAAACAGCAAACCUCAGGUGAUGCCUGACUUUUUACAUAGAAAGAUAUUGUUAUAUCGAGUUAAUUUUGUUCUGCUACAUGGUGACAAGAAUAAUUUUAUUUGUAUUUCUUAGCAUAAUAAUGUGCCUUGAGUAAUAUCUAUCAGCCCUGAUUCUGGAUAUUCCUCUUAUGCAAAGACGUUACUGUGGGAAAUUACCGUGCCAGCCUCUCUGUAAGCAAUAAAUCUUAGCAGAAGUUCAGUAAGCUUGAGUGAGCUCUUGGGAAGACUUUGUUGAGGUUCUUCUUUGUGACAUCCAACCACUGUCAACACUUGAUUACACAUUUGUCUCUGACAUAGUAGCUGCCCAGAUAGUGUCAGAGUUUCUUCCUACGAUGUUUGAGAUGUUUUAAUGAAGGCGGUAGAAAGUCAACAAGUUUUCGGUGUGAUCAUGUCUGUUUCCGUCUGGGCUGUGAUUUCUGAUGAUUUGGUUAUCAGGGUUAUUAGUAUUUUUCAUGUUUUUAUCUAAAAAUUUUAAGAUAUUUAUUUGCUUGUGAAGAUUCUGUUAGAAGAGGGAGGGAUCUCUUUCAUGUUAGUUUGGAACGUCUUAUGUUUAAACAUGUGAAUUGGAAUCUUCAACCAAUUCUGACUAAGAUAGAACUUUUCAAAUAACUUGAUUAUUCCAUAUUUCCUUUAUCAGUUAAUGUGAUUGUUUAAUCUGCAAAGGCACUUUAUUUUACAAGGCUUGCUUUUCAUUUAAUUUCAUUAAAGUACAAUUACAACA